AUGACCGUCAAAACUCGUUCAAGCAUCGCCAAAAAGAUCGAAAAAGAUGCUCCAGAAGCUCAAUAUCUUGCCGUGAAUCCAGAUGAGAUAACUAAACUUCAAGAGGAAAGCAAGAAGAUUCCAUACAAGCGAGAGAUCGUCUGGCGUAACGUCGCUCUCUUCGUUGCUCUCCAUUUCGGAGCCGCCAUCGGACUCUAUCAACUUAUCUUCGAAGCAAAAUGGCAAACCGUCAUCUUCACAUUCCUUCUGUAUGUAUUCGGAGGAUUCGGAAUCACUGCUGGAGCUCAUCGUCUCUGGUCUCACAAAUCAUACAAAGCCACAACUCCAAUGAGGAUUUUCUUGAUGCUUCUGAAUAACAUUGCUCUCCAAAAUGACGUCAUCGAGUGGGCUCGUGAUCAUCGUUGUCAUCACAAAUGGACUGAUACUGAUGCUGAUCCACAUAACACUACACGUGGAUUCUUCUUCGCUCACAUGGGAUGGCUUCUCGUCCGUAAACAUCCACAAGUGAAAGAACAAGGAGCUAAACUUGACAUGUCUGAUCUUUUGAGUGAUCCAGUUCUCGUUUUCCAGAGAAAACAUUACUUCCCACUUGUCAUCCUCUCUUGCUUCGUUCUCCCAACCAUUAUUCCAGUCUACUUCUGGGGAGAAACUGCCUUCAUCGCCUUCUACACUGCUGCCACUUUCCGUUACUGCUUCACUCUUCAUGCCACAUGGUGCAUCAACAGUGCUGCCCAUUAUUUCGGAUACAAGCCAUACGAUCACUCAGUAUCUCCAGUUGAGAACGUCUUCACAACCAUCGCAGCCGUUGGAGAAGGAGGUCACAACUUCCAUCAUACAUUCCCACAAGACUAUCGCACUUCUGAAUAUUCCUUGAAAUACAAUUGGACGAGAGUUCUUAUUGAUGUUGCUGCCACUCUUGGACUUGUCUAUGAUCGAAAAACUGUUGCUGAUGAAAUCAUUGACCGACAAGUUAACAAUCAUGGAUGUGAAAUUCAACGAGGAAAGUCAAUGAUGUAA